AUGGCCGACGACCACUACUCCUCCAAGCGCAAGUACGACGACUCCCCGCCGCCGCGCCGGACGGGAUUCUCCUCCGGCCCGCCGCCCGCCUCGCCGCCGGUUGCCGGUGCCCCGGUGCCAUCUUCGUACAACACUGUGCCGCCGCCUCCCGACGAGAUCCAGCUCGCGAAGCAGCGCGCGCAGGAGAUCGCAGCUCGGCUCUUCAGCGCCGCUGAGGCGAAGCGUCCCCGCGUCGACAAUGGCGAUGACGACGUGGGCACCGCUGGUGGAGGAGGUUCCCUGGGGGGCGGUGGCCGUAUCGGCGGCGGCGGCCUUGGAUUCUCGUCCUCAGCCGGUGGUGGCCAUGGUUCCUCCAUCCCACCCUUAUCUUCUCAAGGAAACUCACAUCAGUAUUCUUCAUAUGGUGGUGGAUACCAGAGUGGUAGUACAACAAAAAAGAUUGACAUCCCAAAUGGAAGGGUUGGUGUUAUCAUUGGAAAAGCUGGAGAAACUAUAAAGCAUCUCCAAGCUCAGUCAGGGGCGAAGAUCCAAGUAACAAGGGACAUGGAUGUUCAACCCGGUUCACAGACAAGAUCAGUUGAUCUUUCGGGCACUCCUGAUCAGAUAAACAGAGCUGAGCAGUUGAUAAUUGAUGUUCUUGCAGAGGCUGAUGCUGGAUCAUCUGGCACUAUCUCUAAUCGGAAGUACAACGCACCUCAACCUGGUGCUGAGCAAUUCCAAAUGCAAAUUGCUAACAAUAAGGUGGGUCUGGUUAUUGGUAAGGGUGGUGAGACUAUAAAAUCCAUGCAGGCCAAAUCUCAAGCUCGUAUACAGGUCAUUCCUUUGCAUUUGCCUCCCGGUGAUACUUCAACUGAAAGAACACUGUAUAUUGAUGGUACUGCAGAGCAAAUUGAAAUAGCAAAGCAGCUUGUGAGUGAGGUUACCAGUGAGUUUUGCACAUGGGAGACGCUAGAUGGGCAUCAGCAAUGUUGCUUGAGAAUCUUGCUCGAUGUGCAAACUAUAUUUUUGCAGAAUCGUGCCAGAAAUCCAAUGUCAGGUGGCUAUUCUCAGCAGGGCUACCGCCCUCCUCGUCCUCAGGCAAACUGGGGUGCGCCUGGUGCACCAACAACACAACAGCCUGGUUAUGGUUACAUGCAGCCUGGAGCUUAUCCUGGUGCGCCACCACAGUAUGGCCAGCAACCUUAUGGCAGCUACCCUCCAGCAUCUGGUGGUUAUCAGACAGGGUGGGAUCAGUCUUCAAACCAGCAAUCACAGCAAGCCCCCCCUGGCACUGGCUAUGACUACUAUAACCAACAGCAGCAACCCCAACAGCAACAAUCUGCCACUGGAACUGCUGCACCUGCUGAUGGUAGCAACUACAAUUACAGCCAGCCUCCUGCUAGUUAUGGUUCACAAGGGUAUGGUGAUCCUACCUACUCUCAGCAGAGUGGUGGGCAGCAAGCUUAUGACUACUCUGGUUACCAGACCCAAGGGCAGCAGCAGUCUUACUCACAGCAGCCUGGAUAUGACCAGCAGAGCUAUGGGGCAUCUGGCUAUGGAUCAUCUGCUAAUUCAACUCAGGAUGGUACUGCACCUAGCUAUGGUGGUCCAGGCGGCGUUGGUCAAGCAUCUCCAGGGCAGCAAGCUUCCACUCCAUCCUCUGGAGGCCAACCGGGUUAUCCUAGCCAACCACCUACUAGUGCUGCUGCGUCAAGCUACCCGGCGCAAGGUUCUGCCCCUCCAUCUGGAUACGUUGCUCCACAGACACAGCCUGGCUAUGGUACGCAGCCACCACCACAGGGCCCGUACGGUCAGGGUGCUUAUGGGCAGCCUCCGCAGGCUCAGAAGCCGCCUUCAUCUGCUCCUACUUAUGGACAGCCACUGCCUGCUCAGGCUGGUUAUGUGCAGUAUGGAUACAGUCAGCAAGGCUAUGGUGCACCGCCGCCUUACCCUGGUGCACCCACUGCUAGCCAGCCAGGCUAUGGCCAGCAGCAGUCAUACGGUGAUCCUUAUGCUACUGGUAGCUAUGGGCAGCCUACAGCGUAUUCUACUGAAGCUACUGCUGCGUCCCUGGAUCAAUCCGCCGUGGCACCUGCGCCUACCACAGCAACUGCCGCUCCUGCUCCUGCUCCUGCCAACAGUGGCGCCCCCCAAACUUCGCCGAGUUGA